AUGACCACUAAUAAAACAGUGGUUGAAGGUUCAAAGCCGGUCUGUGCUGUGGAGAUUGUCCCAAAGCCCCCUCCCUCCACCACCUCUGCUCCUGUGAUGGUGGUGGCAAAGAUGACUGCUGCUGGAGGGGUGCGCGGUACUGCAACUCAACAGCAGAUGACAAACACGGCCCUGAACCCGGUGGUCCAGUCCUGCCCCUCACCUGCUCCAGGCCGCACAGUGGUUAUUACUGUCCCCAGAGCUCCUACAUCUCAACCAGUGACACCAGCUCCUCGAGUGCAGACCACCACCACCACACAGCUCCCAGCCAACUUCCAAAUACCCCCAGGUAUGAUGCUUAUCCGCAGCAGCAGUGGGCAGUUGAUGAUGGUUUCGCAGCAGGCUCUGGCUCAGGCCCAACAAGCGGCUUCACGGCCCAACACCGGACCCCCCACUCCCACUGUCCUCACUCCUCCGCCGACUCCUUCAGUAAGCCAGUCAAAAGACAAGGUGACGAUGAUCCGAAUGGCAGCUCCACCUAACUACCAGUCAUCACCCAUGCAAAAGACUGCUCUGGUAAAGGUAGUCGGUGUUCCUCCCAAAGCCCUGAUCGCACAGCCACCAAUCCAGACGCGGAUCCUGACUUCAGUCACAGAGCCGAAGAAGGCAGCCACACCAGCUUUCAGUCAGGAAACAUUAGAAAGUGUAAAAAAGUGUAAGAACUUCUUGGUGACUCUCAUCAAACUUGCUUCGAGCGACUCCAGAUCUGAAAUCAUGGCCAACAACGUCCGAGGACUGGUCAAAAUUCUGCUGGAAGGGAAGUUGGAUGCAGAGGAGUUUACUGAGAAGCUCUACUGUGAGCUAAAGUCAACGCCGCAACCCUGUCUCGUGCCGUUUCUGAAGAAAAGUCUCCCGGCAGUUAGAGUGUUGACUCCAGAUCCACAGCUCUUUAUUCAGCAGGCCUCAUGUAAAGCCACUCUGGUCCCCAAAUCUGCGACUGACAAUGCAAAGCAGAUGAUGCCUCCUCCCAGGCCUGGUCAAGCAUGGCUUUCUCAACCUCAAAGCAAACUUGUCCCAAAGACAACUGGACUGCAGUCUGCGAGGAACUACACAGGGAAACUACCAAUGAGAGAGUGUUAUGAGCAGCCUCAUCAGACAUCCAAAAGUGUCGCUGGAACCUAUAAAGAAGACGAUGACAUAAAUGACGUGGCCUCUAUGGCUGGAGUAAAUCUGAGGGAGGAAAACGCCCGGAUUCUCACCACUCAAGUCGGCGCUGUGGUCCAGUCUUGCCACGACCAGCCUUUCCUCGCCCCAAAUGCACUGCUCACCAAAUUGCUUCAAAUGGGUAAGCUGGUUGGAGUCAAUGAGGUGGGUCCAGAGGUGGGGGCACUGGUCUCUCAUGCCACUCAGGAGUUUUUGCGGACUUUACUGGAGAAACUCUCUGUGAUGGCCCAACACCGCAAGAACCUUGUCAAGGACGACUGGUUUUACUCCAAAGUGAGUGAUGUGCGAUCACAGCUGAAGUUUCUUGAGGAUGUGGAGACUUUGAGGAAGAAGAGGAAAGAUGAAGAGGAGCGGGAGAGAAUGCUGCGGCUGGCCCGGAGACGCUGUCAUUUUGAAGACCCUGAGAUGAUUCUGCUAAAGCAAAGGGCCAAAGAGUUGCAGCUAUUGGAGCAGGCAGAGCUCCAGCAGAGGGAAGCUAACCUCGCGGCUCUGGCUGCAAUUGGCCCCCGGAAGAAGAGGCCUUUGGAGCUGGAUGGUCAGGUUUGUGUGCUGCCCCGUCCCAGUAUCCCAAGAGUGACCCGGAUCAUCCUGAGAGACCUGGUGCAGUGUAUGGAGCAGGACCGCCUCCUCCGGCACUCCCUCACUCUCUACAGAGCCAUGUUGUGA